AUGACAACCCCGCCAAUAUGGCGCCAAUUGCCUAUCUCGCCGUCAACCGGACUGCCUAAUCUCUUGGUGUCGACGAGUUUCUCAACAGCGGCGUACACGAUACACGUCACAGACCUAGCAAACUUAUGGGUAGAGUCCCUGGAUCGAAAGGCCAUCUACAAGCGCAGCCUCAACGAGUCCACCAGCAUCGACCCGACGGAUAGUGACAGCAACAUGCGUGCCUUUCUUUCAAAGAUCAGAUCCGUCUUUGAACCUUCGCAUCCAGACCAUGACAGAGCAUCUAUGACGUUGUCGACGACCCCUAGCAAAGAAGCAGGGGACGAGGGCCUGACUCUGAACAUCACCUGCGAGUUGGAAAAUAUGAACCCUCUGGAAUGGCCCGUGUAUUUGCAAAAGUGCUCUCGGUCCGACCUCGCCACGGAGCUUGUUGUACCACUGGCACAAGCACACUCGAACGGGCGCAGACAGGUCGAGUCCCUCAAGGAGAUUAUCAAGCAAAAGGACGCCAUCAUCAUGAAGCUCCUCGACAAACUCGAGGCCACUGGCACCCGCCUAGAGAACGUGUUUACUGUCCUAUCCGCCAAGCAGAAGCCCACGAGAAAGAUGGCCGAAGACAAGGUCAAGGGGCUAGCCCCCUUUCGACCUGAAGAGUGGAAGGCUCAGCUGGGUGAGGAUCAAGUUGACUUGUCCAGUCUAUUCCAGGACGUGUUUGGUGCCGACGGACUUGAAUAUCGUCGAAAAGUAGACGUGAAUGACACAACGUCGCUUGACAACUGGUGGACAAUAUCACAGACCUCGUGUAUCCCUAUCGUGGGACCAAAGUCAGGCUCACGCCAAAGCCAGCAGGAAACGUCUUCAUCUGGCGCAGGCCAGCUGCAAAACAAGGGUGACGAGACCAAGGGCGACGACGAUGAUGACGAUUUCCAAGUGCAAUCAACGCCGCCACAUCUCAUUUCCACUCGCAAGCGUUCCGUCAUACCCUCGUAUGGGAACGAUGACGAUAGCACCGAGGAUGAGGAUACUUCGCUGAUACCUGACAGCGUUCCCGUGCCUCCGUUGGAGCAGAAGGCCCAACCUUCACGUUUGGGAACGAUAGGAAGGAGGGUCACACCCACGUCAACUGGCGCACCGUCUCUUCACAAAGCACCGGAACCUGACGGAUCCGAGACCGAGACGGAGUCUGACGAGGACGCUACCGCCUCGUUAGCUGAGGCUUCAUCGCCACCUCAGCGUGCCGAACCGCGGCCCGGUGCGAGGGAACCAAAGAGUGGGCUUGGUCUUAUCGGGGGCCAAGCUCGACGGUCCAAGACUCCGGGAUCUCCCAACAAAGAACCAUUGAGUCGUGUCGGUGGAGAGCCAGAGCAUUCCGACGCCAAGUCACCCGAGCCGCCAAAGAGAGUCGGGCUAGGUCGCAUCGGCGGAGGCACCCGCCCUCUCAAGGUGGCCGAACCGCCGCCUACUACGGCGGCAGAGGAGCGAGGCCGAUCACAAGCAGACACAGAGCCUCAGGCGAGACUCAGGGAAACCUCGCAGGAACGGGCGAACAGAAAGCGAGAUGAGCUUCAGAAGGAGUUGCAGAAAAAGGCCGCGUCAGGACCGGCGCGGAAAAAGCGGAAGUUCUAA